AUGGGCGGGAACGGGCCGUCGAAUGAGCCCGGUGGAGCCGAAGUCUACAAGGCCAAGCUUCAUGUGAAGCCCGCCUGCGAACAAAACAUCCACCACCCUUCGGAUUUCAAAUCACCUAAACACCAACACAUCGACAUCGAGCUUGAAGACCUUCCAUCUUCACCAUCACCACCAUACCAUUCAGCACCGCGCGCCACUGUCCUGCCAAUUGGCACCACGCGCAGCACUGCAUUACCCCUGAACUCGACAUUCAGGCCACAACAUCCAGGCCACGACAUCGCCGACACCAAUCAAUCCGCGCAUCUUGACCUGAUUUGA